AUGACCUUCUUUCUGAUAUCCCAUAAUUUCAGUCUUUCCUCCUAUGUAACGUCAACAUAUUACAUCUCUCAACUACCCCAGUCGCCCACUGCCUCUCAACUACCACAGCCACCCACUGCCUCUCAACUACCACAGCCACCCACUGCCUCUCAACUACCCCAGUCACCCACUGCCUCUCAACUACCCCAGUCACCCACUGCCUCUCAACUACCCCAGUCACCCACUGCCUCUCAACUACCCCAGCAACCCACUGCCUCUCAACUACCCCAGUCACCCACUGCCUCUCAACUACCCCAGUCACCCACUGCCUCUCAACUACCCCAGCCACCCACUGCCUCUCAACUACCCCAGCCACCCACUGCCUCUCAACUACCCCAGUCACCCACUGCCUCUCAACUACCCCAGUCACCCACUGCCUCUCAACUACCCCAGUCACCCUCUGCCUCUCAACUACCCCAGCCACCCACUGCCUCUCAACUACCCCAGUCACCCACUGCCUCUCAACUACCCCAGCCACCCACUGCCUCUCAACUACCCCAGCCACCCACUGCCUCUCAACUACCCCAGCCACCCACUGCCUCUCAACUACCCCAGUCACCCACUGCCUCUCAACUACCCCAGUCACCCACUGCCUCUCAACUACCCCAGUCAUCCACUGCCUCUCAACUACCCCAGCCACCCACUGCCUCUCAACUACCCCAGUCACCCACUGCCUCUCAACUAUCCCAGUCACCCACUGCCUCUCAACUACCCCAGUCACCCACUGCCUCUCAACUACCCCAGUCACCCACUGCCUCUCAACUACCCCAGUCACCCACUGCCUCUCAACUACCCCGUCACCCACUGCCUCUCAACUACCCCAGUCACCCACUGCCUCUCAACUACCCCGUCACCCACUGCCUCUCAACUACCCCAGUCAUCCACUGCCUCUCAACUACCCCAGUCACCCACUGCCUCUCAACUACCCCAGUCACCCACUGCCUCUCAACUACCCCGUCACCCACUGCCUCUCAACUACCCCAGUCACCCACUGCCUCUCAACUACCCCAGUCACCCACUGCCUCUCAACUACCCCAGUCACCCACUGCCUCUCAACUACCCCAGUCACCCACUGCCUCUCAACUACCCCGUCACCCACUGCCUCUCAACUACCACAGUCACCCACUGCCUCUCAACUACCCCAGUCACCCACUGCCUCUCAACUACCCCAGUCACCCACUGCCUCUCAACUACCCCAGUCACCCACUGCCUCUCAACUACCCCAGUCAUCCACUGCCUCUCAACUACCCCAGUCACCCACUGCCUCUCAACUACCCCAGUCACCCACUGCCUCUCAACUACCCCAGUCAUCCACUGCCGAAGCCGCUAGCAUGUCGAAAGUCAUAA